AUGGACCUUCAAAGAACGAAGGAAGCCCGUCGGGAUGCGCCGGCCGCACAAGAGGAAGAAUUGUCCUUGAACACAUACAAUGGAAACGGCCACUCCCAAGCUUUGCCCAAGAAUGAUUCUCUAGGUCGCAACCGGGACACAAGGAAAGCGAAGGAUUCCACGAAUGGAGCCCGUCGACCGCACAAGAGUGAAUUUUAUACGCAAAAUGCUCACCAACCGUCACCGGCGCUGUCGCCAAGCCCACCCAAAGUUGCGCAGAGCAGAUUCUCACCGUCAUCGAAGACAAUUGGUAUUCCGUCGGCUUUGGGCCUUGGUCCAAGGGAUACGAAGCUAUUGAUAACAACAAACAAAUACCCUCCGGUCACCAAGGGCACGUUGAGCGAGCUUGACCUACCGUGCAUCAUGGCCAACAUCAACCUCCGCAUGGAUGCGAACUUUGAGCGUGAUCUUCAUUUCAAACCUGAUCUUGAUGGCGAGAAGGGCAGGAAGAAACGGAGGGAUGCUGCCGAAUAUUGGGAUGCGAUGGCUGCUGAAAUCAGUGUCUACGCAUUCUACGCACCAUGCGGGAUCGAAAAUAAUCUUGAAAGUUGUUUUGAUGGCGAAGAAUUGAGGUUCGAACCCCGACUCCCGGCCAUGUUCGAAACCUUGCAGGAUGUCCUCAAAACCCUGGUUCCAGAGCGCGACCAUCCAAAUAUCAUGCAGAAUCUAGAAGUGACUCUCCUAAUGCAGCAGAUUCAAAAGGGUGUCCUCGAUAUGGUAGGAGUCGCGAAAUGGCUUGCAGCGUUGCUCAAGACUCAUUGUGCCCCCAUGCGCGAUGAAUGGGCAGAUAGCAUGGUGAGGCACAUCUCCUCAGGCUCACAGACCCAAAAUGCGAAAGAAAUUGCCCGUGGUCUUCUGACUUUGUUUGGCAUCUUGGAGGCCAUGAAGUUGGAUGUCGCCAACCAUCAAAUCCGUGCAUUCCGUGUUCUUUUGGUCGAAGAUACCAUACCUUUCCUCCAGGACUAUUUCAAGAGCAAAAUAGAAAGGGGCGAGGUCCAGGUAGCAUCCUCCCGAUUAUGGUACCAGGGUAUCUGGGAACGCGAGCUGCGCAUAAUGGAGGACCCGACACAAACCGACGGCUUUUGGCCGCUCUCGCUUCUUUUUCAAGGGUUGAGCGAAUUCCUGUUAGAUUUCCAUAACCCCGCUGCGUUCCCGGAAACCUUCCGCUUCGACGAGGAACGGCUAUGGCACCUGCGAGUUAGGCUACAGAACGCGAUCAACCUUGAGAUCUGCUGGGAUAUCUUCAAGUCCUAUAUUCAUUCUCAGAGACGAUACCUCCAAGCUCCCACGCAGACCUGCGCUACCUUCCGGACUCGAAUUGGGACUCUGAUGGAGGAAAACGAAGACUGCAUCCGCGGGUCUUCCCGAUGGAAGAAAAAUGUGCGGAGUGUCGCCUUGGAAAUUGCGCGUUUUGCCUGCUGCGGCGAUGCUACAGUACCUGACGAUGUCAUCCGUCCGAUCGAGACUUCAGUCGAAUGGCAUUUGUCCAAUGAACAGGGCCUAUUCGAAAAACUUCAGGGCUCUCUCCGCGCGGAACUAUUGGAAACAACUCUCGCGACAGCCAAGCGAUACCUCAAUAUGUCACCACUUGCGAUAUGUGAGGCGCAGCGAACCCCUUCCUAUAUCGCCUCUGACCAGUAUAAUGUGGAGCGAAUCUCGACGCGACUGGCACACAUUGGCGUACUCCAUUGGAGAGUUUGGGCGCCUUUACUCUACGUACGUGAGAGCGUUUCAGCAACCGAUGAGUCGAUCUUUCCGUCUGAAAGUGAAGUGACUUACGAUCGACUCCCAUUUUAA